AUGGAUCCUCCUCGCGCAGCCUGUCAACUGGGUAGUGAUGCGAUUCGUAUUGUUCUUGAAUUUUCCCUUCACACUUCUGGAUGGUUCGCGUUGGGGGUUCGCUUGAAUAAAGCCAAGUUAGCGGAGGGUGAGGAAAAACUCAUGGGCGAUGUUGAUCAGCAUAGAGAUCCUCGCGUUGGUCCUGAUGAGUCGCUAACCGAGCCUAGUAGAUUAUCUUCCGUUAUUGAAUAUUGCUCUUGGAAAUUCAACUGUCCUGAAAUGAUGGAGAAGGAGGCUGCUUCUCUUAAAAGGAAGACAGAUAAGAAGAGGGAAAAAUCUGUCAAGGCGAAAUCUGGGAAGAAAUCUUCGCGCUCGAAAGAGGUUGAUUUGGAAGAUGAGGUGACUUAUAGUGAUGAAGAAGACGAGGAAACGAAGAGGAAGAAGCUGAAGGAGUCUUCCUCCGCUGAGAUUGGUCUUUCUGUCGAGCCUUCUUCUAGUGCUGGUGAUGACAAGGGAAAGAGCUCUCGCGUUGAUGAUACACAUGAUGUAAUUGGUUCGCCUGUUCAUUCUCCUGAUGCGAUGACUAUUGGAGAUUCUUUAACUUCCAGUGCUUUUGCCCUUGAGGAUGUUGACGUGACUUUUACUUCUAAAAUUGCUUCUAUCGCCCAAUUAUCUGUGUCGGAUCCUAGUCUCUCUCAACUUCGCGGGAUGAUGUUGAACCUUGCUCAUCAAUCUUCUGUCGCCGCUACUCAGUCUGAGUGGGUGUUUGCAUCAGAACUUAGCCCGAAACAGCACAUCGCGCUUGAAUACCUGAACAUAUGUCGCAAUAUUACUCAAAUUGAGAAUUACAGCAAGGCGGUAGGCUUGCUCCGUACUCAGGCCGGAAAAUUUUCUUCUCUUCAGGCUGAAGUUUCAAACUUGCAAGGUGAUGUCUCUCUGCUUCAGAAGGAUCCUGAUAGGCUUGAAGGUGAAUCCACCGCUAACGCGAACUGGCCUGCUAUGUUUCGUGCUCAGAAUACUAUGCUCCUUGAAGUCUUCAAUCUAUCUGACCUCGCGGCUGCUGCAAAUUUAGAAAGGGAGGCCCUCCCGGAUCACUUCAAUUACCUUAGAGAAGAAUUUGAUAUGUCUAAAUUUGAGGUGGAUGAUAUUGAAUAUCUUAGGCAAAAGUAUGAAAUUCUUAAGUUCAAUUUUAGGAAAUCAAUUGCGAUUAUUGAAUCUCUUAGGUCUCGCGUUUGUACUCUAAAGGGGGAUGCCAAAAUUUUGAAAGAGGAUAAAGAGACUUUGUCAACCGACAAGGAUAAGAUCGUUGAGGAUGGGGUGAAAUCCCUUCAAGAUUGUCGGGACGAAAAUCUUGAACUUCACGCGAUUAUUGAGAAAAUUCGCGAUCGCCUUAAUAUUGAGGAAAAUGAGAAAAAUCUGAAGGCCGAGCUGAGUGAGCUUAGGGAGAAGUUUGAGAAAUCUCAACAAGAGUUGGAGACGAUCAUAGGCGAUGGUGGAUCUUCCUCGCAUCAAGUGGCUGAACUUACUAACAGGCUUGCUUUGGUGAAUGAUGAUCUUGUUCAGACAAGGAAUGGUGCUGAAGAGUACAAGGAGCGCAUGGAUGCUAGCGAUGAGGAAGAAGUUAUUGAGAGCGAAGUAGAGAAUGGAUCCGAGGGAGAGCAGUCUAAUUUAGAAGGCGAAACUGAUGGAGACGAUGCUAACUCUGAGGGUGAAACCAAUGAAAUAGAUGUUGAAGGUGACCAAGGCGAACACCAAGAACCUCAAGUUGCUGAAGAUGUGGAGAAUGAUCAGGAAAAAAUCCCGCGAGCAGAAACUGAACAUGCCCCAAAGACUGCAAUCAAGAACCUGAUUCGUCUCUUAAGGGAGAUAUGUCUGAUAUUCCGCGAACCAAAAUUGGAGAAAAAUGAGAAAAAUCUGAAGGCCGAGCUGAGUGAGCUUAGGGAGAAGUUUGAGAAAUCUCAACAAGAGUUGGAGACGAUCAUAGGCGAUGGUGGAUCUUCCUCGCAUCAAGUGGCUGAACUUACUAACAGGCUUGCUUUGGUGAAUGAUGAGCUUGUUCAGACAAGGAAUGGUGCUGAAGAGUACAAGGAGCGCAUGGAUGCUAGCGAUGAGGAAGAAGUUAUUGAGAGCGAAGUAGAGAAUGGAUCCGAGGGAGAGCAGUCUAAUUUAGAAGGCGAAACUGAUGGAGACGAUGCUAACUCUGAGGGUGAAAUCAAUGAAAUAGAUGUUGAAGGUGACCAAGGCGAACACCAAGAACCUCAAGUUGCUGAAGAUGUGGAGAAUGAUCAGGAAAAAAUCCCGCGAGCAGAAACUGAACAUGCCCCAAAGACUGCAAUCAAGAACCUGAUUCGUCUCUUAAGGGCGAUAUGUCUGAUAUUCCGCGAACCAAAAUUGGAGAGUCUUCCCAAUUGGUUGCUGUUCUUGCUACUACUACUUGCAUUGCCUUGUGCUGCUGCCACUUCUUCUCCUGUUGCCUUCCUAGCCAGCAACUCUGUUCCUUCCCCUGUUGCUGUGCACUUGCCUUGCAUUGCUUGUGCAGCACUGCUACUGCAGCUGUCUCCUUCCACUGCCUCCUGCAUCUGA